UUCCUGGAGGAGGCGCAGAUCAUGAAGCGGCUGCGGCACGACAAGCUGGUGCAGCUCUACGCCGUGGUGUCCGAGGAGCCCAUCUACAUCGUCACCGAGUUCAUGAGCCAGGGCAGCUUGCUGGACUUCCUGAAGGACGGGGUGUGUCCCCCGGCGCAGAUUGCCGCGGGCAUGGCCUACAUCGAGAGGAUGAACUACAUCCACCGGGACCUCCGCGCCGCCAACAUCCUCGUGGGUGACAACCUGGUGUGCAAGAUCGCCGACUUCGGCCUCGCGCGCCUCAUCGAGGACAACGAGUACACGGCGCGCCAGGGGGCAAAAUUCCCCAUCAAGUGGACGGCGCCGGAGGCCAUCAACUACGGCACGUUCACCAUCAAGUCGGACGUGUGGUCCUUCGGCAUCCUGCUCACGGAGAUCGUCACGUACGGCCGGAUCCCGUAUCCAGGUCAGGGCGGCUCCCCGCCCACUCUGCACGCCGCCAUGGCGCAGUGCUGGCGGCGCGAGCCCGAGGAGCGGCCCACCUUCGAGUACCUGCAGGCCUUCCUCGAGGACUACUUCACGGCCACCGAGCCCCAGUACCAGCCUGGGGACAACCAGUGA